AUGCGCCCGGUCCUGCUAGCAUGGGCUCUUACAGCCGCAUUGACAUCUGCAUUCGCUGCACCUCCAGGGAACGACCGUAAAGGGUCGGACUUGUCGAAAGAUGCCACCUCAGGGGGAGCACCACUUGACGAUGGAGCCGGCGCACAAUAUACUAUAUUCAACGACAUUAAAGUUCCUCCAAUGAAAGAAAUAGAAGGCUCGGAGUUUGCGAAUACGAUAAAGGAUGGUUACUGGUGGGUAAAGCACUACUCGCCAUACUGUGGCCAUUGUAAAGCGGUGGCCCCAUACUGGCAGACCUUAUAUGAAUUCUAUGUCACCUCCGAUCCUCUCGAAGGUUUAACGAAAGGCGGACAGCCGGACCUGUCCUCGCCAAACAGCUUCCACGGCUACUACAACUUCCACUUCGCCUCACUGAACUGCAUAGCAUAUGGCGAUGUCUGCAGUAACAAUGGUAUUCAGGCAUGGCCCUCUUUUGUCUUGUACAAAGAUGGCCAGAUGGUUGAGAAAUAUUCCGGUGCAAGGACCAUGGAGGCCUUCAGCAGUUAUGUCGAGGAGAAAUUGGAACAGAUCAAGGCUGGUUCACGCCCAAGGGGUGGUGUAAAAGUCCCUAAGGUCGGGGCAACCAGUGUCGAUCGUACUGCACUUCCUCCCACUCAUUUGUCCAAAGACAAGGAUCCUGCCGCGGGUGCCGCCGCGGGUGAAAAGCACAAUCAACAAGCUGCCAAACUAUCUACCGAGACCUCAACGGCAUCAUUAGCAUCCGAAACGGCCAAGAAUGGCAAGUCUCCAAACAAGAAGCCCGGCCUUCCUCCCAAUCCGAAGGGUAUUUCCAUCCCCUUGACUGCGGAGACCUUUCAGAAAGUCGUCACAAAUUCUCAGGAUUCUUGGUUCAUCAAAUUCUAUGUCCCUUGGUGCUCCCACUGCCAACACUUGGCUCCUACUUGGGCAGAAAUGGCCAAAGAGAUGGAAGGCAAACUCAACAUCGGAGAAGUCAACUGCGAGCAGAAUGCGCGCUUGUGCAAAGACGCCAAGGUCAACGCUUAUCCUACAAUCUAUUUCUUUCGUGGUGGUGAGCGUGUCGAGUACGAAGGGCUUCGCGGGCUUGGCGACCUCCUCUCUUUCGGCCAGAAAGCUCUGGACAGCGACGUAAAGUACGUCGAUGCUGCGACCUUCAAAGAAAUGGAGGAGACGGAGGAGGUUAUUUUUGUUUACUUCUUCGACCAGGCCACCACGUCCGAGGAUUUUGCGGCUUUAGACCGCUUGACCCUAAGCUUAAUCGGUCAUGCGAAGAUUGUCAAGACCGACUCCAAAAUUCUCGCAAACCGUUUUAAGAUUUCGACGUGGCCGAGACUGCUUGUUUCCAGGGAUGGACGUCCAACCUACUACAAUGCUCUUGCCCCCAAGGACAUGAGGGAUUUCCGGAAAGUUUUAACCUGGAUGCAAACUUGGUGGUUGCCAAUAGUGCCCGAGUUGACGGCUUCAAACGCGAAAGAUAUCAUGACAGGAAGAUAUGUUGUGCUAGGAGUUUUGUCUAGGGAUCGUCCAGAUGAAUUCCUGCAAUCUAAGCGGGAGCUCAAGAACGCCGCUCUGGAGUGGAUGGACAAGCAGACACAAGCAUUCCAGCUCGAAAGGCAAGAGAUGCGCGAUUCCAAACAACUUCGGAUUGAGGAAGCUGAAGAUCGCAACGAUCAGCGUGCACUCCGCCAAGCAAAGAGCAGAGUUAUCAGCAUCACCGAGGAAAACUUCCGGAAAGGCGUUGGCUUCGCCUGGGUUGACGGUGUGUUUUGGGAAAGGUGGCUGAGGUCAACUUAUGGUAUCGAUGUCACCAAGGGCGAAAGGGUCAUCAUCAAUGACGAAGAAAAUCGUAGGUACUGGGAUCAAACUGAUUCAGGGGCAUACAUUGUGCCCUCUCGAACCUCGAUCCUUGAAACAUUGGGCAGGAUUGUUGCGUCUCCUCCGAAGCUCACGCCAAAAUCGACGAUCGGCACCUUUGAGAAUGUCUUCUUCCAGAUUCGGAAUUUCGGAACCUAUCACCCGUACCUUUCAUUCGCCCUGCUUAUUGCGGCGAUUAUUACCCUCAUCUCUGUCCUCAGGAAUGGCACCACUAUCAAGCGAACCCUGAGCAGAAAUAGUAGCGGUUAUUUCCAACUCGAUGGAAAAGAGGGCCUGCUAGGCACGACUAAUGGAAAAGCGGACUAG